AUUAACAACAUUUGGAGACCAUUAACUACAUACAUAUGUAUAUGCCCAUAUUUAAUCAGAAAGAAAUGUUACUAUAUUAACCAUUUUUAAAAUACAUUUUUUCUUAGGCAGAUGUCGCCAGCAAAUUUUGCGUGGCGAGCCAUUAAGACAAAAGCGCCAUCUGUUGGGAAGAAACAUAGAUGAAGGCAAAUCCAACUGCUUGCCGUGACGUCACUGAAUAUUUCAAACUUUAGCUUGUGCGAUUUUGAAAAUGUUUGGUAUGUCGAUAGAUAUAGACCGCAUAAACAUAAGCCGCUUAAUAACUGGCCUCUACAACAUCUUUACGGAGCUUCUCUGUACUCAAUGAAUAAAGAAAUCUGCUUAAUUACAUGUAAAGCUAAGAAACUUAAGCUUAAGAAACCUUUUCUCCAAAUUUCAUAUUAUACAUCUACAAUUUUUAGGAGUUGCUUAUCCUUUUAAAGUUGUAAUCUAGCACCUAUUAUUCAUGUUAUUACCAUUUAUUAAAGCAAAACAGAUCGAUCAUUUAGACUUUAACUCUGCGGCAUGAUGCCAUGUCGUAUAUUCCAUAUUUGGUGAAAUAAUUCAAAAUUUUUGGUAACCAACUGGAAGACGUCAUCCCAUCCGCAAAAAUAAGAAAGGAAAAAAAGAACAAUAACUGAAUUCCGAGCAGAAAACCAUCUAGCCCCCCCAUCUGCAUCCUCAUCCCAAGUUCAAGCCACCGGAAAUGGAGCCGUGUGAUCGCGGACCGGAGAGGGCCAUGCGGCAGUACCUGUCCCAGCUGUUGGAGACCGGCACCACCCGCUCCACGGGCUGCCUGGACCGCUUCCUCGUGAGGGGCAUGACCAACUUCCCACCGCCACCGCCACCGUCACCGCCCUCGUCGUCGUCCAUCGAAGGCAAGGCGUCGCGCUGCUCCCUCUUCGAGCGGCUCCUGUGCGGCGGAAGUCGGAGGUCGGAACGUCUGCUGGUGCCCGAUCUGGCCACCGAGUGGUUCCGCAAGCAGAAGGUCUUCCUGGACAAGCUCACGCCGAAGGAGCUGGCCGCCCUGAGCGAUGGACUGGCGGCGGAUAAGGGCAGCGACUCUCUUCAUCGCCAGCAGGCAAGUUCAGGCCUUGCAGGCCAAAGGAAGGAUUCAGAUGGGGGGCCAGUGAGCAAGCUGGCCACAUGUCUGCCCGCCACGGAGUCCAGAAGUCCGGGUAAUCCCUUCCUGAUCGGCAAAGGCCCAACGGAGGAAUUCCCAAUGCGCAGCCCGAGUCCCCGGCGCUGCAAGAAGCUGCACGGACGAGGCAGCUGCUCCUGCCUGCGGAGUCGAGGAGCAGGUGCCCCGUACGACUGCCCCUUCCAGGCCGAUGGACAACCCAUGGCCGGCGAGUGUUUGGCAGCACGCCGGACGGAGCCGCUGCUGCCGCGCCAGCGCCGCAAGUUCGACUUGCGACAGGCGCCGCAACGGCGGCUCGAUCCGGCCCUCUUUCGCCGCAUCUCGCCGGAGUUCUUCCGCAUCCUGGCCAGCUACGAGGCGGCCAUGAGCGAGGUCUGUCCGCUCUACGGCAUCUCCAUGCAGCACUGGGGCGAGACGGCGGCCUGUUGUCCAUGCGAGGAGCACUCCCACUUAAAGCCGCGCUUCCUCGGCGACGAUGCGGUGGCGGGCACUGCCAUUGUGCCUCCCACUUGGCCGUCAGUUGAGUCCCGAGGAGUGCCAGAGAAGGAGCCACCCGCUAAGAGACAAACGGAGAAGAGAACUGCGAGAUCUCGCAAGGACCAUCCGGAUAGGGUCAUAAAGACCUGCAGCAACGACACCUGCGCCAAUGAAUCCUGCCACCUAGGUAGGGAAAACGAGAAUAAGUCUAAGGAUGAGCCGAAUUUCUCCGAGGAUGAGCGGCAGGGACAAAGGCGUAGGAGGCAUGGCUACAAGCACCCACCAUUUCUGGUUUACUCCGACGACGAGCGGCAGGAGCAAAGGCUUGGCCAGCAUGUCCAAUCCCAAUCGUCCAAUCCCAAUCCCGCCGAGAGUCGCCGGUCGGUGGAUCAGCAGGGGCGAAGACUUGACCAGCAGGUCAGCAGGCAGUCGGACGACCAAUCGAGCAAUCUCCCCGAGAAACGGAGGAAGUUCGGCAGUUGCUUCCGCCGGCCAAGACAGCCAUAUGGGACAGCCUGUGUUCCCUCAAAUUUCGCUCCGCCACCUGCUCACUCACUAGGUGAUUCGCCUGCAUUUCAACCGGUUCAGCCACCUGCUCAUUCAACUGCUCAUUCAACUGAUUAUUCAACCUCUUAUCCAGUUGCUCAUUCAACUGAUCAUUCAACUGCUCAUUCAACUGCUUAUCCAGCUGCUCAUUCAACUGCUCAUUCAACUGCUUAUCCAGCUGCUCAUUCAACUGCUUAUCCAGCUGCUCAUUCAACUGCUCAUUCAACUGCUUAUCCAACUGCUCAUUCGACUGAUCAUUCAACUGCUUAUCCAUCUGCUCAUUCAACUGCUCAUCCAGCUGCUCAUUCAACUGCUCAUUCAAUCGAUCAUUCAACUGCUUAUCCAACUGCUCAUUCAACUGAUCAUUCAACUGCUUCUCCGCAAAACGUAAUAACCAAAAGCGAGCACCAGCCACCAAACAAGGGCAUUUUCGGCGGAUUCACCGGCAUCUGCAAGCGCUGCAUGGAGCCGGGUCGCCACCUGUUCUACAAUUUGAACGCCAACUACCAGCAUAACCGGGAGAGGUAUGGCCAGAUGCGUCAGAACAAGAAGCGGCAAAAGGAACGCGAGCGGGAGCUGGAGCGGGAGCGGGAGCGGCAGCGAUUGACCGAGGAUCAGGUGGACAGGGACAGCAGCACCACGCUGAGACCCCCCGUCCCAUCCGAAGUUGGUACCCAGACGGAAAAAGUGGAGAGCGAACAGACCCUGGCCUUUCGCACGCCCGCAAGUGAACGAACUUUGGCGGAAUGGAACCAGGGAGCAAUGUUACCGCCGGCGACGUCUGUGGUGGCGUCACAAUGCCAGGCGGACUGCCAGUGUGGACUGCCCCAGGAGGCCUUCCAACUGCCGCCCGUCAGGGGGUGCACUUGCCCGACGGAACAGCGGGGACGGCAGCGAAGCACCAGGAUUCCCAGGAAGUCCUCCACCGAGACGGACUACUCCAAGUGUGGCCAUCGGGUUCGGGCCUGCUAUUUGGCCAAUGAUUUCCACCAGCUGAUGCGGCGCGUGGCCAAGAAGAGGCCAAGACCUAUCACUCAAGUUCCAGGUAGACCCAAGGUGAAGGGUGUUUCCACCAAAACGAAAGAGCAAGCUGCCAGGUCAGAGGAACCAGCGACCACUGAUGCCUCACUGCCAAAUCCUGCAGCCCAAGUAAAAGUGCCAACCAUGCCCAAAAGGAAACCAAAGCCAAUGGCCAUUGCAGCACAGCAGCCGGAACAGAGUCCAACCAAGCACUUGAACAUCACUUAUGCGGCCACCGAAAUUCCCAAGAUGCAGAAGAUCAGGAAGAAGAAAGUGCAGUCCUCAAGGGAAGCCUCUUCGCGAAGUGACAUUCCCUCGGUGAGGGGCCAACCCCAAGAGAUACCAAGCGACAAACAAAAGGAAAGCCAAAGCAGCACCUAUUCCCCUAAGCCCAGUAAUAGGAAGCCAUACACUUUACAAGGAGGAUCGCCGAGAGCCCCAUCCCCAAAGAACAAGCAAGAGGCAAAGGUUAGUUGCCCCCGGGACAGUCGUCCGAGGAAUUGGCGACCAGAUCCCAGGCCAUCUAAUUGGAGUGCAAGCAAGAGGCGGAGUCAGAGGUGGGCACCUUCGCGCUGCUCCUCCGCCAGUUCCUCUGGACGAUCGCAUCCAGAGGCGUUCAGUGCAGUGAGUGACUACUGCAAGUCCAAGGCCAGCUGCAUUUCGAGAGCUCCAGCUCCAAACAACAUCUCAGGCACCUCCAACUGGUCGCCACCAAAGACUCGCGAGAAUGCUUCGAAAAUGCAAGAGCGCCGGCGGAGCCUCCAGUCCAACUCAUCCUAUGCUCCAACCUCCGAUGCCUACUCCAGUCAAUAUUCAAGAACGUGGCAACAAGAGGAUCAGUAUCAAUGCUCGAACUUGAAGUCGGUCAACGAAAAGCCACCGACCCAAUGGCAAGCUCCUUUGGUUCCGGGCAGAUUCAGUUGGGUAGAUCCCACCAGAGCACCCUCGCAUUUGGAGACGGGUCGUCGCUACUACACGGACACACAGGUGCCAGGACGGCAGUGCAGCUGUCGCUCCCUGCGCUCGAAGAGCUCCAUCCGGGCACUCAGCUCCAACACGGACAGUGUGAGGUGUCCCUGUGCUCCAGCUCCAUCGGUGGCCAGUGUGGAUCCACCCCUUGAGCUGCUGAAUGCAAAGGAGGAGGAGGAGGAGCAGUGCUAUUGUUACAGCUAUCAGCCUCAAACUUCAGACCAACAACCAGUGGAGAACACAUAUCUCCAGCCCUCCACCAACCCAUCCCCACAAGCGUGUGACUGCAGACGAACCAAGCCAGCUUUAUUCAGUACCGCUCUGAGGUGGGAGCCACAACAGCACCACCAUGCCCGCACCCUACUGCGCACCCAACGUCCUCCGCCCCAGAAACACCAACAGUUCUACACAAGAUACCAUCACUACCCAGCUGAGAGUUUAGCAGUGCAACAACAACGCAGGGAGUGGGUUCCAGAGUACCAAGCCCACAAUCACUGUCCAUGCGAUACUAACCAAAGAUGGGAUGAGCUGGUGGAAAACACGCCACACUACACGGCGCAUAACUACCCAAUGCAGGGGAUUCAGAACGAUGAUGACCUAAGGCAUAACCCCUAUCCCAGGCAAGCCAAUAGCUUCGCCAGGCAGGGAAGGGAUCGAGCUGGAGCCAUUACCGCCGCAGCUCAGGGACUUCGUGGUCUGGUGAAUGCUUUGGGGGGAGGUCGCCAUAGACCGCGACACAAUCACAACCCUAGAGAAAGCAAUCAACAAGAAGAUUAUUACCACGAAACGACAAUCGACCCCAGAGAGGUGCCCAGCCAGCAAAGUGCUCGAUAUGGUGGCGAACAGGUGGAACAGGAGCGAAAUCGACCAGACUACAACUGCAAUCUUCCAAUGGAGGCAGCACCUCUGAAGGCUCCAUACAGUUCGGCCUCGCUGCCCAGAAACAACUACUCAAAUUUCAACGUCUACUCAAGGAGGCCCAACAAAGGAGGUGAAUGUAACUACUACUUGCCCACGGAUGGAAUGCCCAACAGCUACAAUGACCGACGAAACAUGAAUGGGGAACAAUCAGUUGGAGUAAGGGAAAGUGGAAGAUCGUCUCAGUUCCGUUUCUUUGGCUCUGAUAUGGAUUCCCACAGGAGAACGACUUCCAUUCCCAAAAGAGGACGGCAAACUGGAGGAGCUUCACCUCUUGUCGAUGAGCCCUUUAAGACGUCCACGCCACUGGCCAUCUUUCUGGACAGUUUGAGAGCGAAACAUGCUGCCUCUGAAAUUGUGGCUAAAACGGCACAACAACCGGAGCCCAGAGGAGUCACCAUCCUGGGAAAAACUCUAGCGAAAACUACACAAGUACACCAGAGCCACGGCACCUCGUCCGCCAGUGAUGAUGACGCAGAUGCGGAUGACUGCCUGGACUUAAGGCACAGGCGGAUGCGCAGUCCCGCGCAGGAGACCAUGGCCUUUCCAUCCACCUACACGGGACUCCUGGAGGAGCAAAUCCUCGGCGAGUAUCUGCCCAGGCCGCGAUACAAGCGCAGGACGUAGGUAGAAACCCAAUUUCUCUAUGCUUCGCAAUAACCUGAGGUCAAAUUGUAAGCAAAGACAAUAGAAUAUAAAUAAAUGUGGAAUAAAGUUUAAAGUCGGCACUAAGUUUCAAAAAAUUUGUAUUUAUAUGAAG